AUGCAGUUGCAGAGGACAGCGCCACACGCCAGUGUCCCAGAACUCGAUAUGAGAAGAACCAUGGAGAAGCAGACAAAAUUAGUGUUCCUGAUUGUGACCUUGGCUCUGAUCCGAGGCUGCAGUGGUCACGCUCGGACCUUCACACGAUGCCAGCUGUCUCGAGAGUUGCUACGGUACAAUUUUCCGAGAAGCUUAAUAGCUAACUGGGUGUGUCUAAUUGAACAUGCUAGUGGACGGACGACCGACAAAGUGACUAACCACAACAACGCUUACACCAGCUACGGCCUUUUCCAGAUAAACAACAAGGAGUGGUGCAAAAAGGGCAGAAAAGGCGGACACUGCACCAUGAAAUGCGAAGAUCUCGUAAACGAGGACUUAGCUGACGACGUAAGGUGCGCGAAGAGAAUCUACGACCGCGUCGGGUUCAAGGCCUGGCCUUCCUCCUACGCGUACUGCAAGGAAAAGAGCCUCCCGGACUUGUCGCGGUGC